AUGAUACCUCGAGAUGAAGCUAUAUUUGCUUUACAAAAAUUCGUAUAUAAACAUGCAGAAAAUAGCCGAAUCAAUGAAAUGACAAUUGAUACUAUAACGCGACUUGCUCGUUUAGUUUUAGAUACCAAUCGUUUCGUCUACGAGGAUAAAUAUUAUCAACAGAUCCGUGGAGGAACCAUGGGAUCACCAUUUACAAUGACAUUAGCUAAUAUUUAUAUGUUGGAAUGGGAACAAUCAUUAAUUGAAUAUCAAAGAAUACACAAUGAAAUCUAUGCCCGGUAUAUUGAUGACGCCUUUAUGACAACAAAUUCUUUAAAUAAAAGUAAUAUUCUAUUAAAUAAAAUAGAGAAAAAAGAUGAAAAUAUUCGAAUUAGUCUAUCAAUUGGUUUGACAACAAAAUUUCUUGAUGUAUUAGAGGAAAAUAACAAUGAACAACUGAGAACUUCAGUAUUUCAUAAAACAGCAGCUGAACCAUAUAGUUUACCGUAUUUAUCAAAUCAUCCACGUCAUAUUCAUCGUAGUACUGCCAAAGCACAACUACUUCGAGCAACCUGA